AUGGAUAUGCUCCUUUCUCAAACAUAAGGUGAAUUAGUUUACAUUUAUAUUUCGGCCAGAAAUCUUAAAAAUUUAGAUAAUUCCAAUAUUCUUGAUUUUAGAUGCCGUGUAUACUUAAAAGAUGAUUUCAUAGGAGAAACAGAAGUCUCUAAAUCAUCUCUUGAUCCUGAUUUUAAAUAGCCUAUUCCAAUCAUGUAUAAGUUUAACAAAAAAUAAAAACUAAUUUUCUAAAUUGUAGAUGCUGAUAAAGAAUAAUCUAAUCUAUUAAUAAGUCAAAAAAAUCAAGCAGCUUUAGUUGGAUCAUGUAAAUAACCACUUGCUAAAUUAAUGGGAGCUAGAAAUUCAUUGAGUUAACUAAAUCUUAUGAAAGGUGAUGAAAUUGUAGGAAAUAUCAUUAUUCAUAUUACAAAGAAAGGACCCUAAAUCAUUGGAUAAAAUUAACAAGCUUCCAAAGAUACAGAAAUUAAAUGGAGAUGGGCUGGUAUUUAAAUACUUUUUAAUUAUUAAAGGUGUCAAAUUGCUUGACUUAGAUUUUUUCACUAAAUCUGAUCCAUUUGCUAAAUUCUAUAGAGUCAAUGGUGAUUAAAUCGAUUUGAUUCAUUAAACUGAAAUCAUCAAAAAUAAUUUGAAUCCAAAUUGGAUGGGAUGGGAAACUACUGAAGAAUAAGCCUUCAAAAAUUCUAAGAAUCUCUAUGUAGAAAUCAUGGAUUAUGAUAAGUUAGGAUCUCAAUAGGUUAAAUAUUACAUAACAAAUAGAUUGGAAAUGUAACUAUUGACUAUAAUGAAAUUAAAAAUAACAAAAGAACAGAAUUCCCGUUAUUGACUCCUAAAGGAAAGAAUGCUGGUACAUUAAAGUUAGUAGAAUUGGCAAUUAUUGAACCACCCAUUGAGCCAGUUUAAAUAGUAUAAGAAGAACCAAAGGAUCCAACAUUCUUAGACUAUUUGAUGGGUGGAUGGUAGAUGUCAUUAUCUAUAGGUAUUGAUUUUACAUUUUCAAAUUAACCAAUUACAAAACCAGAUUCUUUACAUAAAAUAGAUCCAAAUAAGUUGAAUUAUUAUUAAUAGGCAAUAAAAGUGAUAGGAGGAGAGAUUGUUGCAUUCGAUUAUGAUAAAGAGGUUCCAGUUUAUGGAUUUGGUGGAACUCCUAAACUUCCAACUUAUACAAAAAAUACAAUGGAUGAUUGUUUCCCUUUGAAUGGUAACAAAGAGAAUCCAAGUUGUCAAGAUAUCAAAGGAAUUUUAGAUGCUUAUACUAGUGCAGUUCCUUAGAUAGUUUUUUCAGGUCCAACAUUCAUAUCUAAUGUGUUAAGCAAAGCACAUUAAUUUGCAGUAGAGAAUGCAAAAAAGAAUAUAUACACAGUAUCUAUAAUAAUGACUGAUGGAUAAAUUGAAGAUUAGUAAUAGAUGAAUAUUAUUAUUUAGAGAUGAUGCUAUUAAAGUAUUAUUGUAAUGUUAGAAUUUGCCAAUGUCUAUAGUCAUAAUUGGUGUUGGAGAUGAAAACUUUAAGUAUAUGAAAUAAUUUGAUGAUCCUAAUUUCCUAAAGAAACAUGCAAAAGAGAAUCAAACAGUUAGAGAUAUUAUUUAAUUUGUGUCCUAUUAAGAUUUUAAGAAUGAUAUUGAAUUGAUGAGUUCUGCAGUAUUGGAUCAUUUACCUAAACAAUUUAUGGACUUUAUGCAUAUAAAUAACAUUCAACCAGUUAAGAUGUCAUCAGUUCAUAUUGGCAAAGUACUCUAGUGAUUUAGAG